GCUGGGGCCAGGGAGCCACUGAUUAAACUUUGGUUGUGAUCCAGAUCUAGGAUUUCUGCCAAAAGAUCCUCCCCAGCUCUGGGUCUCUCUUCCUCAUCAAAACCACUCACUCACAAUGAAUGACAUCACUGGAGUUUCCCCCCCUGGAGUUCUUAAAAAAGCCUGUCGCUGAGUAUCAGUCAUUAAGCAGCAGUAGAGGAAGAAAGAACGCUCUCAAAAAGACUGCUAAGUCCUCAGCUUGACUUUAAGUAAUAGAAGAAACUCAUUAAAAACAAUGGAAGGUGAAUGCAAAGUACUCCUGGAGGCCACUGUCGACACAGAAGUCAGGAAACAAACAAUGCCGAGUGUUAAACCCAGCUCAAAGCUAUCCACGGCCCUGCUGGUGAUGACACUCUGCCUUGCUGCUGCUGCUGCUGCUCUCCUUGUUUUCAACAUGCAUUCCAAGGGCCCAGGACAAGAUGAGGACAAUUUUGAUCUUCGUCACACAUUGAGGCAAAUUUCAAAUGUAAGAGCGGCCAUUCAUUUGGAAGGUGAAUACAACCCUGAAAUGAAGACCUCAGUGGAGUGGAAGAAUCAGGUGGAUCAGUCCCACUCUCAAGGAGGGCUGGAACUCAACAAUAAUGAGAUUGUGAUCCCUCAAAAUGGUCUCUACUUUGUUUACAGUCAAGUAUCGUUCCGUGUGAGUUGCAGCAGCAGUGACACUGAUGACACCACAUCGAAGCCCAUGGUCCACCUGAGCCACACUGUGAAGCUCUGGUCCAGCUCAUAUGGAAAUGACAAUGCCAAGAAGUCCUACCAGACCAUCCUGCACUCUAUCCGCACUGCCUGCCAAAAGACAGCCAGAAGCGAUUGGGGUGAGGAGGGGAACUGGUUCUCUGCCGUAUACAUGGGAGCUGUGUUUAACCUGAGGAAAGGGGACAGACUGAAGACAAUGAUGGAGGAGAAGAUGCUGCCUGAACUAGAAGAUGAGCCAGGAAAGACUUUCUUUGGUGUGUUUGCCUUGUGAGGACCGCUGACAGAGGAAUAUACGUGAAGAUUUGACUGUACAAGAAGAAGAGACAUCAGGCUUCAUGGUUGCUUCACUGUGAAGCCUGUCGCCCACUGCCCCACCUGAACUCACUUACACUGUUGAAUGUAAUGUUGAAUGUUUACACUACACUAAACAGUCAAUGCAACUUUCAGUAUAGACUUUACACCCAAACUUUAAAUGAUUUUAUUAGCAAGCUAUUUAAAGUUUGCAAUUAAAUCAAGUUAUGUUGACUGUAGCAAUGAACAAAAGAGCUCACUGUAAAGUAAUGUAUUGUUAUAGAUAUCUCUAUGGGUCUAUAAUGUUAUGUACUAUGUACUAUCAUCUUAGGGUCAGUACUUUUUGCUGUACUGCAAUUUUCAGUCUCUACUGUCUUUGACAUUUGGAAGAAUGUACUACAAUGUGUACUAUAAUGUCUAUUUAUUUAUUGUGUCACUACAGGCUCACAGAAGUGG